GUCGUAUGAUCCCGUUGACAUUUCACGCUGUUGCUCUUCUUCAAUAACGUUUGCAGCAGCGACACAGCGAAGCUUCCUGACGGGAGUUAAACGAGCAGAACCGCGGGGGUUUGUGACUGAGCGGCUGGGCAGGCGACAGACGGAGGAUGUCUCAGGUGCUGAGGCUCCUCUCGGCAGUCGCUCUGCCUCUCUGCCGGCCUGGGGGAACCCGGGCUCGGCUCUUCGCGGUGAGCGCAGGACGGCUCUUCACAGCAGCAUAUCGGAGCUCCGCUGCCCCGAACGGCUAUCGGAUUCCAGCUCACUUCCCAUUCAGUCGCAGAUUCCAGACGGCACAGCGACGACUGUACUCCAGUGAACCCAAAGAUGGAGGAGGAGGAGCUGGUGGAGGAAGAUCAGGAGGAGGGAAUAGAGGAGGAGGUUCAGGAAAAGACUGGUGGAGCCGAAUGCAGAAGGGUGACUUCCCGUGGGAUGAGAAGGAUUUCCGUUACAUGGCGAUCACCGUGGCCGGUGUCAGUUCAGCUCUACUCUACUUCUUCUUCAGGGACAGUGGCAGAGAGAUCAGCUGGAAGGAUUUUGUCCAUCGAUUCCUUGGCAGAGGCCUGGUGGACCGGUUAGAGGUCAUCAACAAACAGUAUGUCAGAGUCAUCCUGGUGCCGGGAGCUGAUGCUGAUGCGAGCUACGUUUGGUUCAACAUCGGCAGCGUUGACACGUUUGAGAGGAACCUUGAGGUGGCGCACGCGGAGCUCGGCCUGGAGCCGUCCCACCGAGCCACCGUAGUCUACAGCACUGAGAGCGAUGGCUCUUUUAUGAUGAGCAUGCUCCCCACCCUGCUGCUGAUUGGUUUCCUGUUGUUCACUCUGCGACGAGGACCAAUGGGAGGAGGCCCUGGUGGCGGGAGGGGCGGGCCCUUCAGCAUGAGUGAGUCAACAGCCAAAAUGAUGAAGGACAGCAUUGACGUGAAGUUUAAGGAUGUGGCCGGCUGCGAGGAGGCCAAACUGGAGAUCCUGGAGUUUGUCAACUUCCUGAAAAACCCACAGCAGUACCUGGACCUCGGAGCCAAGAUCCCCAAGGGUGCUGUGCUAUCUGGUCCUCCUGGGACGGGGAAGACUCUGCUGGCCAAAGCCACAGCUGGAGAAGCCAACGUUCCCUUCAUCACUGUCAACGGCUCUGAGUUCCUGGAGAUGUUUGUGGGCGUCGGUCCAGCCAGGGUGAGGGACAUGUUUGCCAUGGCGAGGAAGAACGCCCCCUGCAUCCUCUUCAUCGAUGAGAUCGAUGCUGUUGGGAGAAAGAGAGGAGGAGGGAACUUUGGUGGUCAGAGUGAACAGGAGAACACUCUGAACCAGCUGCUGGUGGAGAUGGACGGUUUCAACACAUCUACUAAUGUAGUGGUCCUGGCUGGAACCAACAGACCUGACAUCCUGGAUCCUGCUCUGAUGAGGCCGGGGCGCUUCGACAGACAGAUCUACAUAGGUCCUCCAGACAUCAAGGGGAGGGCAUCCAUCUUUAAAGUUCAUCUUACACCAAUCAAACUGGACCCAACGAUGGACAAAAACCAUCUUGCCAGGAAGAUGGCUGCUGCAACACCAGGAUUCACUGGAGCUGACAUCGCUAAUGUCUGCAAUGAGGCGGCUCUGAUUGCCGCCAGAUACCUGAGCCCAUCCGUCAACGGCAAACACUUUGAACAGGCCAUCGACCGAGUCAUUGGAGGUCUGGAAAAGAAGACUCAGGUCCUACAGCCCACAGAGAAGAAGACUGUGGCAUAUCACGAGGCCGGCCAUGCCAUCGUGGGCUGGUUCCUGCAGCACGCCGACCCACUGCUGAAGGUGUCGAUUAUUCCACGUGGGAAGGGUCUGGGUUACGCUCAGUACCUGCCUAGGGAGCAGUACCUGUACAGCAAAGAGCAGCUCUUUGACAGGAUGUGCAUGAUGCUGGGAGGGCGCGUGGCCGAGCAGGUGUUCUUCGGUCGGAUCACCACCGGCGCUCAGGAUGACCUGAAGAAAAUCACACAGUCUGCCUACGCUCAGGUGGUGCAGUUUGGGAUGAGCGAGAAGGUUGGGCAGGUGUCAUUCGAUCUGCCCCGGCAGGGUGAGAUGGUCCUGGAGAAGCCGUACAGCGAGGCAACAGCCGAGCUGAUAGAUCAGGAGGUUAGAGAGCUGGUGGAUCGAGCUUACGCGCACACGAUGCAGCUCAUUCUGGAAAAGAAGGACCUGGUAGAGAUGGUGGGGCAGCGUCUCCUGGAGAAAGAGGUUCUGGACAAGGGGGACAUGUUGGAGCUGCUGGGCCCGCGGCCAUUUGAAGAGAAGUCAACGUACGAGGACUUUGUGGAGGGGACUGGGAGCUUUGAGGAGGACACAAGCUUGCCGGAGGGCCUCCGAGACUGGAACCAGGACAGAGGAGGGAAUGCCGAAGAGACAAGCCCGGCUCAGGAAAAACAGCAUGCUGUGUAGAGCAGGAAGUCAUUUUUCAUCUCAGCUGCAAAAACUCAACUCGGUGUGGAUUUACUUUUACAGAGCCAGGGAGGUGAUUCAUUCAUAAAUGAGUAAGUUCAAAGGUCCAGUGUGUAGAAUUUAGGGACAUCUAGUGGUGAGGUUGCAUGUUGCAGCUGAAUGCCCCUGACCUCACCCUCCCCUUCCAAACAUGGAAGAACAGAUAGAAUAGAUAGGACCCGCUCCCAGUGUUAAUAUAAAGUAUUUAAAUAUAAGGGGCUCAUUGUAGGGUAAAGAAAAAAACAAUUCGUACAAUUUAGAUGAUUACACAAUAGUGAAAACACAGGAUUAUUUUAUGUAUAGAUUCCUUUCACCUAAAUCUUACACACUGGACCUUUUUAAUGAUUCAAACCCUCAAAUGAACAACUCCAAUUCCUGAUAGCAGCAAGUUCACAGCUUCAUCCAGUGUAUCCCCUCAACAGUUUUUUUAUUUUAUUUUUUUUCCUAAUAAAAAUGAAGGAACAGGGCAAAUGAAAUGACAUGUUUCAUUAUUGGACAUGAAUUUGCUCCAGAAUGCCUUAACACACCCAUCAAACAGGAGACCAACCACGAUCAGAUUUUAAUCUUCCUGAAUGGACUGUAAAUGAUUCAUAUUUACAGUGUGAUAACAGACUGAUUAUAUCUUUUUAUUUAUUUCAUAAAGGCAGUUCUGCUUUCUGACUGCCUUCCUUGUAAUGAGAGAGGAGCCAAGUUCAACCUUUCUGCAGCUAAUUUCAAAAACCUUUUUACAGGUUACAAUAUCUUGCGAGUUGAUUUGACGUUUUUAUUUAUUUUUAUUUUUUGUUUCCUGCAGUUGUAUUUACAACAUUUCAAAGUGGGUGCGGCUGUUUUCCUGUGUUAACUCCUAACACUGACAUGUUUCAGUGAACAGGUCAGUUUGGAUGUAUUUUCUACAGAAACACCUCGAUGCUGUAAAAUGAUGUGUAAAUGUUUGUAUAAAUUCUGUGUGAUAAUGACUCGACAGGAAGCUGCUACAUCACAUCAGCCCAGUGAAUAACAGCUUUAAUUUUUCAGUGCUUGCCGAAGAAUUUCUGCUGGAACAUUUGCUGUUGAAACAAAAAUCCCCCGAAAACAUUGAUCAAAAAAUCUGUUUCUAACAUCGUCAGGCAUAGUGACUGCUUCAUCUUCAACAUGGAUUUCUCUAUCGGAGUAAAAGGCUUGCUGUAUUUGUUUUUUGUGUUUUUACAACAUUUCCCUUGAAGAGAGCAUAACCAAUUACACUUCUCUUCUCAACCUGAUGUCUGCCUCUAUUCUCCAGAGGAAAUUCUAAACACUGCAUUUAGUAACUAAAGCCUUUUAUUACUUAGGACUUUCUCCUAAAUGUGUACAGAAAUGUAAAACGGAGUUAUCACCUGUUAUACGUAAAAACAUCUUCCUCAUAAUUUUCUGAUCUAAAGUAAUUAAAUUUAAACGUAUUGCACAUUUUUGACUUGAUUGGAUCUAAAUGCAGCUACUUGGUAUAUUACAGGAGGACAAAUCCACAUGACAAAUAUAUCCAUGAUGUUUAACAAAAUUUAAGGCGUUCAAAUUUUAUUUUUAACAGACUUGUUGAGGCCCGUCCUUUACAAAAGGGAUGAAAUCACACAAAGGUUUGCGUGAACUUCUGUUCAAAUCUUCCUGUUGCAGGCCUUUUAUCAAUAGGCAUUCUGGGAAGUCUAGGAAAUAUUUGGCUGAAGUAGAAGUUACUGAGAUCAGGGCCCACAGCAUAAGUAUUACCAAUAAAAGUUACUAUGGGGGAUUUUUUUCUCCUUCUGAAUGUAUUGUCAUCUUUGUCAUUACUACACCUGUCCAGCAGGGGGUGACCUCACUUUAUCUGCAGGAGGGUGUGACUGACACGUGAACGUUCUGACAUUAAACAGCUGCUUAGUCUUGUUUUAAGUGAAAUGUUUUAAUGACUAAUCGAGUUUCCAAGAAUCUGAAUCAGUCACACCCUCUCGUGCAUGAACCGUGUCAAAGAGCUGAGGUCUGAUUAGAAGAGUAACUUCUGUCAACUUAGUCAAAGCAAAAUGACUGUGUUGAAAUAAAUUCCUUUGUUAUAUUUAACCUUGA